UGUUGUUUUGCUUUCUCCAUCAAAUUUGCGACUUGAGAGGAAAGAAAGUCGAUCUUGCUCCAAGAAUUAUGUCUUCGCCGAGUAGAGAUCAAGAAAGUGACGCAUUGGCUUUGCUAGCUUUAAAGGCAAGCAAGCCAUCUCCUGUCAAGCCUGCUUGGUUCGGAGUAAACAAUGUCACCCCAAUAGCCAAACUUGAAGGUCGCGAGUUCGAAUAUCUUGUACGACAAAGUCGAAUCAUCAUCGGUAGAAAUAGUAGCCUUGGAAGUGUGGAUGUCAACAUGGGCCAUUCUAGUUUUGUGUCUAGAAGACAUCUUGAGAUUCGCUACGACUCAGGACAGUUUUACUUGUCUUGCAACGGAAAAAAUGGGAUCUUUGUGGACGGUGUUUUCACAAGACGUGGUGCUCCUCCAUUGAAACUAUCUCCCACUUGUGUGCUGAGGUUCCCUUCUACAAAUGUGAAAAUAAGAUUUACUUCACUGCUUAGCUCUAACGACUCUACUCCUCGUCGAGUACCGAGUCCCCCCAAAACAAAGAUGUUGGCACCGCUGAAGAUCAACAUCCCUGAACAUGAUGGUGUAUUUUCUUCUCCAGUUCCAUCACCUACAGGGACUAUCAGUGUUCCUAACUCAUGUCCAGCCAGUCCAAGCAACACUAGAGAAGAUCACAAGUUUGUUAACAGCUUGCAGGCUGUAGCAGAGUAUGCUGUUAACUCAGCAAACUCGGUGAAUGAUGAAUCUCAUUCAGAAUCAAAAACAAGUAACAGUGCAGACACUGGUGGGAAUAAAGAUGAUGGCAAACCUCCAUAUUCGUAUGCACAACURAUUGUCCAAGCCAUUUUGUCAGCUUCAGAUAAACAGUUAACACUUAGUGGAAUAUAUGCACAUAUAACAAAGAAUUACCCGUAUUAUCGUACUGCAGAUAAGGGAUGGCAGAACUCCAUAAGGCAUAAUUUGUCUUUAAAUCGAUACUUUGUCAAAGUGCCCCGUGCRCAAGAUGAGCCAGGAAAAGGCUCAUUUUGGAGAAUUGAUCCUUCUUGUGAACAGAAACUUGCUGAACAAGCAUUUAGAAAAAGAAGACAAAGGGGGGUUCCUUGCUUUAGGCCUCCUUUUGGUGUUGCUGCCUGCAGGUCAGCCCCAGUGUCACCAACUCAUGGUCUUCCUAAUCGACUACCACCUCCAUCCACCCCACCAACAUCUCAAGCUCAUGAGACAUCACCAACUAAAACUGUUGCUCCACCUCAUUCAGCAAGUGAAAAUACAACUCUCAAUGCUGCAUCUGCCCAGUUGAAUACUUCAGUAUCUUCUCCCAUUGCAAAACAUACUGUUGCAAGUGCAAUGCACCAUUUCCAACCAAUUCCUGCCAAGUUUGCUUUUCAUCACCUUCCUGCCACAAAGCUGAUACCAGCCUCUGCAUUUCCUGUCAGUGUUAUUAAGACUGCUGCAGAUGCCAUCAAGCAGGAAGUGGGUGAACCUGAAAAGAAUGGCCUGUCUCAGUCAUCUGGGGAGGAAUCACCACUGGAUUGUCCCAAGAUUCCAAGCAAUGAUUCCAAGCAGAUAUUCUCACCAGUAGUGCAGAAGUUUCCUUCGGGUACUUCACUAGUUGUUAGUUCAGGUGGUGUACUCACUCCUGCACUCACUCCAACCAAUGUCUCACCUACAGGCCAAGACCCACCGCAAAAACCAAAGCCACCAGCACCUCUUGUCAUGACAAACAUAACCACCCUUACACCUGAAUCCUCUCCUUUGGGGAUUUUGUCUCCUUCUGCUACCACAGCAGCUGUGUCCAUGGUGAUGAAUAGUGCCAAACGCAUGCUCAAUCCAACUCCAAUUGAAAACGAGCCUAAUGUGAAAAAGUUUAAAUCCGAAUCAGAAAUUAUAUCCAAGGAAAAUACAGCAGAAUGACUUCUUAAAUGUACAAAAUAGUAUUAUUGUUGCCAUUCAUCUAGACAAAUGAGUGGAUUUGCUAUCAGUGACUGUCAUUGUGUGUGAGUAUAGCUCAUUGACAGAGCUACUUGGAACUCUUUAUGCAAGAAUCUGCUUUGUAUGCAUGGAACAUGGACAGUGUGGUAAAGAUGUAGCACAAAUUGACAGCACAGUCUAAAACUGAACCCAAACUACAGAAAAAGCUUUUAAAGGUACCAGAAACUGAUACCAUUGACAUUGUUUGGAAAAAUAUUACAUGAGAUUUGACAUGAAAGGAAAAGUAGAAAACUCCUUCUACAAUUAUAGAGUCUCACAAAAUUCUUUAUAAUAAUGACAUUUCAUGAAAUGCCCAGGUUAAUCUCAUUUUAUGGUAUUUUUUUAGUGGAGAUUAACAUAAAAUGAUUUACUUUUCUAUUAGCUUUUUUUUUUCAAAGAAGAAAGAUACUAAUCAACAGCGUUGAAAUACUACACAGAAUGGAUUAACAUGGGCAGUUAAUUUAACACGAAACAUAAUUUAAAAACAAUUUGGUUAAAUGAAUGUAUGGAAGACUCCAAACUGCUGACACCCAAUUUUUUAGUAUUCUUUCUUGUUCUUAUUGAAAAGGCAAUCUUGACAUUUCUACUUAAAUUAUGACCAUGUAAGCAUUCAUGCAAUAAUGUGCAAAAUUAUUACUAGUUGUCAUGUAGCACCACAGCAGGCAAGUUGGUGGUUCAUGAACAAAGGAUCCCAUUGUCUCUUGUACAUACUGACAACAUGGCGGCAAGACUUUUAAAUCUUUUGGAAAUGUUUAGAUAACAAUGAAAUGCAACCUGUGAUUUAUUUGGCUCAUUCAUUUUACUAGUAGAAAUGCCAUUAUUGCCCAUGCAAUUGAGACAUUAUAACUCAAAAAGUGAGAAAGAAAAUGUGGUGGCCACUCUUUAAUGCAUAUAGCAGAACGCAGAUAUUCACACAAUAAUUAUCAUUCCACCAAACUAAUGCCAAAAUGUCCACUCUGUCAGGCAGCUAUUUAUUUAUUAUUUGAAAGGUCAGAUAAGUGAAAUCAAAGAUUUUGUAUUUGUACACUUAAUCUUACUUAUUUUUGCAAAUUUUAUUAUUGCUUGUGCUGCUUAGCAUGCAAUAAUAUUGCAAAAGGCAUCUUUGGUUAUUACUGGUAGGUGUCAAAGAUAAUUUUCUGCUGGGUAACAAAGGCGAAAACUUUUAUGAUUUCCCUGCAUCUGUGAAUACUGCGUGAAAAAGCUUUUUAUGAUUAAUAGGAAAUGGGUUGUUGUAUUUCAAAAUUUUAGCCUGGUUCAUAUGAGCAGAGGAAAUAGACAUUUUUCACUUACAUUUGUGUGUACACUUUAGACACAUGAACUGCCUCAUUAAAAUUAGUCUUGCUCAUGUAAACCAGACUUAAAUGUCACCUUACAUUGCAGUACAGAAAAACAAAGUUAUUUUUUGAUUAUGCCCAGUCUUCAUGGUUAAAGUUGACUUGAACACUGGAAACUAAAAUAUGUAGGAGCCCUUGUAGAUCAGGAUCCCGUUAUAAUAGAACUGGUCAUCAGAUAUACAAUAUAGUAUUUAAAUGACAAGUUGAUUUGACCUAAUUCAUUUGGAAAGUACAUUAUUUGUCAUCCCUCACUAGGUUAUCGUAUUUAUAGUAUUUUGCAAUAUGUAUCGAACGUAAAUGAGUUUCCAUUUAGGAUGUAAAUCAGCCUCGAUCUGGUCAAAUUAUUGAUUAUUUUUCCCUUUGUUAUAUAUUGUUUUAUUAUUAUUCAUUUAUUGUUUAUUUACCAGUUCAGGGUGAGUUGUAGGAUUCAAUAACCAAAUUAGUGUCCAAAUGAAAAAAAAACUGAGUAAAAUAAACUGACAUCAGAAUCUUUUUA